CACUGUACAGACGUAUCUACAGUACCAGGCGUAUCUGAGCUGUUCCUCUGUCUAAUCGUAAAAAUGUCGCGAAGCAGCAGCAGAAUGGACGGAGGAGAAAAGUACACCACCCUGGAUAAAACGCGGCGGUCGACCCCGGGCCCUCGCGGUGGUAGACCAAGUUCUAGACUGAGUGACCGGUUUAACCCUGGAAACGUGCUGUGCGAUUUUUGCAUGGGAAAGAAGACCAAGGCCGUCAAGUCGUGCCUGACGUGCCUGGCCUCGUACUGCGAGACGCACCUGUACUCCCACUACGAGUACCCAGCCUUCAUGAAGCACAAACUGGUGACGGCUACCGGCCAGCUGCGGGAGGAGAUCUGUGCCGAGCAUGACAAGCUGCUGGAGGUGUUCUGUCGCACGGACCAGUCCUGCGUUUGUGUGAUGUGCCUGAUGGAAGAGCACAAGAGACACGAUAUCGUCUCUGCUGCGGCCGAGAGGACUGAAAAACAAAAACAACUUGCGGCCAAGUUGAUGAUGUCACAGGAGAAAAUUGAGGACAGAGUGAAGAAAUGGAAGGAGCUGAGACAGGCUGUGGAGUCUCUCAAGAACUCUGCGCAGCAGGUGUUGGAGGAGAACGAGCGUGUGUUUGCGGAGCUGAUCCAGAGCCUACAGCGGCGGCACGCGGAGGUGAAGCAGCUGAUCGCGGGCCAGGAGCGGGCCACGGUGGGCCGCGCCGAGUCCCAUCUGGACCGCAUGGAGGAGGAGAUCAUGCUGCUGCGCAAGCGCCACAACGACCUGGAGAUGCUCUCGCACACCGACGACCACAUUCACUUCCUGCUGAGUUGGCAGUCCCUCUCUGCUCCAUCUGGAUAUGAGGACCUGACCAAAGUGUCCCUGGCCCCCUCUUUCACCUUUGAGCCCACCAAGAGAACCAUCGCUGAACUCAAAGCCCACCUUGAGGAGGUCACCCAGGUUGAGGUGUCCAAGAUCAGCUCAACAGUUGAUGAUGUACGCAUUCUCCAAACCUUGGAACCACAGAAACGAGAGGAGUUCUUGCAAUACUCCUGUAACCCGACCCUGGACCCCAGCACCGCGCACAAGAACCUCCGGCUGUCGCGCGGCAACACGGCGGUCACCAUGACCACGGAGGUGCAGGCGUACGCCGAUCACCCGGACCGCUUCGACCACUGGCAGCAGGUGCUCUGCACCCAGGGGCUGAUGGGAAAACGAUGCUACUGGGAGGUGGACUGGAGCGGUACCGAGGUGGACGUCGCCGUGGCCUACCGCGGCAUAGAGCGCAAGGGCAACGGCAACGAGAGCAGCUUCGGCUGGAACGACCACUCCUGGACCCUGUACUGCUCCGACGCCAAGUUCACCUUCACGCACAACGGCAAGACCACUAACAUACCGGUGCCCGGGUCCAUGAGGAUCGGGGUGUACCUGGACCAGCGGGCGGGCACGCUGGCGUUCUACAGCGUGGCCGACCACAUGGUUCUCUUGCACCAGGUGCAGACCACCUUCACUGAGCCCCUUUAUCCGGGAUUUGGAGUGUGGGGCUAUGGCACCGCUGUGAAACUUUGAGUGCAUGGCAAAAA